CGACUUACGUCGCUCAAACUCGCUCAAUGAACCUCCGCCGUCCCUUCAGUCGCGAAUGACGUCUUUCCGUCUACGUACGUCGUAGCUAGCUCUAUAUUUCCCGGGGUAGUACAAAUCCUGCCUCCGGUAUUGAUUCCAAUGUUUGGAAAUAGUAGAAUUUUAUUAAAUCCUCCAGUCUGAGGCAAAUUCGAGUGUUCCUAUCAACCACCGCGUUUGUUGAUUCGCUGAUUGGUGUUGCCACGCACCGCACAGCCUGCUGGAUGUUAGGGCACAAACAUGAGUAAUAAGGGACGAUGGGCAAAUCGAUGACUAGGAUUUAAUCGCUCAGACGUGCGAUUAGGUUCGGUAAAGGUGAGAUGGACUUUGGUACUUUUGCAUUUGGGAUAGAAGGACGUCUAGAAGGAUAGGCUCUGUACAGCAUGGAUGACUUAUUGCUAAAAUGGGCGAUGGAGGGUAUGGAAAAGAACUAGGACUGGAUGCUAUCAGAGCCCUACACCAAACCGUGAUCGCUCUGAGAACAGCAUUGGAAGAAAGCAAGAGCGAAAUUUUGGAACUGAAGAGCAAAUCUUGGCCAAUAGAAACGGUCCAAGACGCGUUAAAGGCUCUAACGAUAGAAAAUGCUGCUUUGAAGAGAAAGAUUGUUCAGGGUGAUUUUAAGGGAAAAGACGGAGCUGUAAAAGAUAAAGAUGGAAUUGAUUGUGUUGAAGAUGUGGACACAGUUGUUAAUGGUGUAACCAGAACCAAUACCUGUGAAAACGAUAGAAAGCCUCCAUUCUCCGAAGCUCAGAAACUCAAAAAAGUUCAAAUCGUUUCGCCAAAACUAAAUCCCAAAAAGACCACGAGGAACUUAGAAACAAAAAUAUCUGUUAAGGCUGAAACGUCGAAUGCUAUACAAACAUCUAGAUCUCUCGAGAGUCUUACAGUAAUCAAGUCACCCCUGGAAGGAUCUAAGCAUUUCUCAAUCUCAAAAACAUUUAGUUUUUCGAAUCUUUCUGCUAAUAUACACAGAGAGUUUAACUUUGAUGUAAAAAUGGGUGAUAGAAGCCAAAACGCACAACCACAAGAAAACGCCAUAGAAACGUCUAUUGAUGAGGAACCAGAGGAAGUAAGUAGAGUGAAUUAG